AUGGAUGCAACUCUAGCUAAGAUGGCUAUCCAAUCAACAAUUUACUUGAUUUGGAGAGAAAGGAAUGGAAGACGACAUAACCAACCACUGCACUCGCCUCUCCAGCUUGCCUAUACGGUACACAAGGAGAUCGAGAUCCGCCUACUCUCUCGUCGUCGAGAAGGGACAAAGGAAACAACAACGGAGGACGGACACAGUCGCUGGGUUGAGAUCACCAGGCUCUCGACAUAG